AUGAAUAUCUCAUUAAAUCCUGUUUUAAUACAGUGGCCGAACUCUUCACUGGAUUUACCCGUGGGCAGUAUAUAUAACGUCGCGUGGUCACCUGAUGGCACUCAAUUAGCGGCAGCUUGUGCUGAUGGUCACGUUAUCUUUGCUCAUGUAAUAGACAGGAGGUACAAUUGGAAGAAUUUCAGCUGCACUCAAACGGGACGUCAGGUUUUAGCAAUAAAGGAUAUAAUCACUGAAGAAAACGAUCAACUCGAUUAUCCAGACAGCGUGGUGCAGAUCGCGUUAGGAUUCGACCAUUUAGUCGUGGCCACGGUUAAGCAGUGUUUCAUACACAAACUGACGUCUUGGAACACACCAGUCACGUUCGACCUAAAGGAUGGUACCGUGGGGUUAAUUUUGUUGGCGCAGAGAUGUAUGUGUGUAGUUGAACGUGGUCGCCUUUCGGUAUAUAGUUAUACUGGUCGAUUGCUCGCAAGUCCACAGUUUAACUCCCGUGCGGAGGCUCGUGGGCGCACUUCCAUAUCGUUAGGACCGGAUACAUUAGCAUCCAUAGAUCAGUCUAAUCCGACAAUUGUACAUAUUUAUGAUUUACCCACCGCUACGUAUUCAAUAAGUCGAGGUACGACUGACAGCAACGUUACAAAAAUAAAGCAUCAUAUAGCGGUGUGCGGCAUUGCAUUGAGUCAAACGGGGCCGAUUAAUGAGAGGCAAAUUGCUCUCGUCGAUCGCAGGAGAGAUCUCUUCGUUGCCACUGUUAAGGAUCCCAAGCAGAAGCUUUUAGUACUGGGCCGAGCCGUUCUUAGCAUAAUGUGGAGUACAGAGUCCGAGCUGUUGGUUGGUUUGAAGAAAGAAACUAUCGUGUGCUGGGCAUAUCAGAAAAAUAAUACUCGACCUGAACUCACUACAACCACUGUUUCCUUACCUUCAAGCAAUAUAGGCCAUAAUCCAAGUAUACAGAGUAUUGAAAAUGGAGUGGCAGCUAUUUUGCGCGGUAAAGGAUCCACCGUUAUGCAUAUAUCCCUUGGGAUUGUUCAUGUCGAGAUGGUACUGAAAUAUAUUGCAUCUAAUAUGUGGAACGAAGCUGUACAGCUUUGUCGCACAUUGAAAGACACCAAAUUGUGGGGCUGUCUGGCGGAGCUUUCUCUGGAAAAGAAUCAGUUGGAUAUUGCUGAAGAGGCGUUCAAAGAAGUACAUCAAUAUGCGGAAGUAUUUCGGAUUCAAUAUUUAAAAAACAUAAGAAACAGUUGUGGUAAAACGUCGUUAACUGAAUGA